AUGGUACCUUUGGUACCUUUGUGCCAUUGUACCUUUGUAAACUUGAAAACUACAGCAGUAUUUUACCUUCGCGAUCGGUCCCGGGCUUUCGAUGGAUUCGCUUUACUUUGGGCCAGAAACUCGUUGGAGUUUGCAGACCACGCUUUGAAUAUUCUAGAAGCCGUAUCCGCUUCUGCUCCUCCGGCUUACUACACGACAAUGAUGUUCUGGUGCCUGCUGUUAACGUUUGUCUCCGCGGAAGAGCAGCCUUUGGGGCUGGUCUCCAAGGACACGGAGCACGAUUUAAUAGCUGAAGCGACACAUUCCGGUGCUCAAGCCCAGAAGAGGGAGGCUGGCUUGUCGAACUCCUACGGGGAACCCCUCCCGCCGGACGCGUACGGACCUCCGAGAGAUACGUCCGACCUGAUUUCAGAUCUCCAGCUGCCGGUUCCCGUGUACGGCGUCCCUCAGCAAAACGACUUCCUGCAAGAAACACCGCCCGGAGCGUACGGGCCCCCGUCCCCCGUCGUGUUCCCGAGCCAACACUACGAAGGACCCCCGCCACCAAUUUCCAAACCGAAGCCAAUAUACGGACCCCCCAAGUUCCAUGGACCGCCCAAGAACUUUGGUCCCCCGAAACUAAGCUACGGGCCCCCCAAGUCGUACUACGGACCUCCGAAGAAGUUAUACGGACCCCCUAAGCAAGGACUCCCUAAGCCUUCUUAUGGUACACCUUUCAAAGCGCCCAAAGUGCUGUCCAAACCGUACCCAAAGCCAGUAUACGGUCCACCAAAACCAGUGUACGGCCCGCCAAAGCCAAUAAGAUCAACUUACGGUCCCCCAUUACCAAGUGUACCAUUAGAAGCCCCGCCUCUUCCUCAACCCACUAUCACCACAGUUGAAACCACUAUUGGCCUGGGGGGCUUUGGAUCAAACUUGAAUCUACCCGCUCCUAUAUACGGCACUCCAAUCGUGUCGCUACCUUUGGAUGUUGGCAACGAAAACCACUUCCCGUCAGAGACGUACGGACCGCCGGGCCACGCGCUCGGCCCAAUCGGACCUAACGACCAGGUCGUGGUACAAGACAUAGCGGACGUCGGACACUACGGGCCGCCGCAACCCGACCCAAACCCGCGACCCCCACACCCAGGCAUCCCCGCUCCACCGACGCCCCCGCACGUCCUCUACGACGGCUGGAAGCCAAUACCUGGAGUAUCUAAACCAGUUGGACACGUCGAAGAGACUGUCUUCCAAAACGUCGGUGUCAGCGAUCAUUACGGCCUCCCGCCGCCCCCCGUGCACGAGAUACACGUGAACGAGCAGCAACUACCCGUCCUCGACCAAGGUCCUCACUUCGCGCAUCAGAUAUCAACUGGCUACUCCAGCGUACAUCAAGACGCGCUCUCUAACGUCGACCUUAAUUCGCUUGUUGGUGGAGAUUCGAACCACAUCGACCAGUCGAAGACAGUGUUCGAAGCUCACUAUACCGAGAACCAUGAUCCACAGGCUGACUUAGCUUUCAUCCAAUCGUCCAUACCCAGUCAGAGACCGUUUGAUUCUUACGGCGCUCCGCCAUUGGACUCGCUCUCUGGUGGACCCUACCCUCCGUCUGUAAGGCAACAAGGAGCCAAAGGCCUGAUCCCGCCUUCAGGAGUGUACGGCGUGCCACCGGGCAGUCAAUAUGGUGCUCCACCGAAACCGCCACCAUCCAAUUUGCCCAUCCCGUACGGCAGCUACUCAGGAGGUGGUCACUCCAUCCACACCGGCUUGAAUACUCCUAAAAAGCCCAUUAAGUUCAGAGAUUCCGUUCCUGCAGGCUUACUGGAGCACGUGGGUCAGACCACACACGGCAAGGACACCCUGACGAUCGACAAUCUUACCCAGGGACCGGCGUACCUACCGCCGCCCAUCAGAGACGCCAAAGAGGUCAAUCAUCACACAUCAUUCGGCAUAAAUCUAUCUAUAGAACCAACGGAUUUGUACAGCCUUCCUCACGCGGGAAAUCCCCUCAACUUUCAGGCCCCACAACCCAGUAACCUCUACGGGUCCCCCAUCGACUCUUACUCAGCUCCGUUCUUGACUGUGGCAGAUCACACAGCGUCCGGAUCCAACACUAACGCGGUCACAACGACCAUAGACGGCGCGCUUCUAGCAAACCUCUCCAAUUUGGAGGCUGCAGCGAUUCUAAAGCACUGCCCCUAUCACGAAGCUAUUUUAAAAGCAGCACAAUACGGAGAGAAAAUCCCUGUCGAACUGGCCACGAAGUACAUGGCCAGUCUGAAGUCCCUGGGCAGCACGCUCUCCAAGAAUCAGUUCACGAGCUAUCAGAAUUCAGAAGCCGUUCACAGUUCGAGGGAUCAGUUAGGGUCAGCGCACACGGCCGUCCACUCUGUACUGCCGAACAACGUCCGUCACGACGACAAAGUCAAAGGUAAAUCUUUGAGAGAAAUUCAGAAACAGAGUCACAAAGGACAGAAUUUACAGUUCGUUUCCGAUCAAAUUCAAAAGACAUCGGACAAAAUCAAGUCUCUGAACGAGGAGGCGAAGAUCUUGCAACAGCAGAUCGUUCAUAACAAUCAGAAUUUGAACCAGGGACAAUUUUCAAGUCAAGCCACGCAGUUCUCGAACGAUUUCACUGGUAAUCAAGCUACUUAUGCUGUUCAAAUACAAUCCUCUGUGGGUGGCAAAGGCAAGGAUCCGAGCAUACCGCACGAACAGCUGCUGAAUGAAGGGCUGUUACAGAGUAUACUUCAAGCCAUAGAGCAGCCCCGAGAUCCGAAACAGCAGUCUGUGCAAAUUCGUCAACAACCUAGCAACACUGACGAUGGCCUGGUGUUGCCAGUCGGCUACGAGCCAGUGGACAGGACCAAAGAUAUACAAAGCUCAAAUAGGGACAUUAAACAGAUCUUGCACAGCGAAAUAGUGACUAGGGGCGAUGUUCCCGAUUGCGAAUUGAAAGCCGAUGGAUCCGUGAACCACGAAGUAGUAGUUCCAGCGCCAUUAGAAAAAGUCAAACCGGUGGAGGAAGUAAACGAUAAUGAUGUCGCAAUAUUUUUCGAUGAAAAACCGAAAAACAACGAGCCAGUUACAGAAAUAUCCGUAGCGACCAGUAUUAGUGAAGACUCAGAUGAAAAUGGCAGUAAAACUCGUCAAUUCGGUGAGAAGAUCAAAGAGGCGUAAAGCGAUUAAUUUCAGGGUAGAUUCUAGUCUAAUGGCCGGUGGGUUCUAUUAAAAUUGAAAUAUAUCAAUCGAAGUUCAUGUAUUCGUGGCAACGAUAAAACCUUUAUACACUUUUAUUUUAUAUCAUAAAAUUGCAUGCUUAUAAAUUUCGUUGGUAAAAAUUGUCAUCUAAUCGGUGCCAUUUUUGGAUUUUAAAAAAAUAUUUAAUCAAAACGCCAUUUAAAAAAACUAUAUAUUAUGCCUGUAGGUUGUAAACGUAAGUAGGUACUCUACUCAUAAUUUAAUUUGGAACUCAUCCAUUGAUUUAAAAAAAAUAUGGACGGAUCAUUCUGGAUGCGUUCCAAAUUACCAAUUUAUAUUGUUUAUUACAGUAAUCAAUUAACCCUUAUUUAAUAAAAUCGAUUAAUGUUUCCACUCGAGUUAGCUUCAAUUUGCAAUAUUCAAAGAUUCUGUUACCGUGAGACCAUUGCUUGUAAUUUGUCCUUUAAUCGACAAGCAAUAAAAUCUAAAAAUAAAUAAUUCAAUAAUAUACAUCACAGCGAUCAAGGGUUAAGUUAUUAUUCACAAUUUAUUUGUAAUUUAUAAAUAAUAGUUCUAAGUUAACACAGUAUUUGUGGUGUCGUGCUCGU